AAAGUUGAAACAACUCGGAUCCUUUCACAAUCCAAAUUUAUCGAAAAGAUCCUUGCUAUGUUGAAAGACGAAUCCGCGAUCGUUACCGUUGCUGCUUUAAGGAUCUUAAUAGCUAUGUCCAGCAAAAGGAGAAUCCCGCAGGAUAACCUGUCUGGAAUCAGAGGGAAGGAGCUUGUCAGAAUGCUCGAGACCUUGAUGAAACGUCGUGAUUUCUUUGUCACUCCGGCUGCAGUGGCAGCAUUAUGCGAGAUUUGCCACAAUGAACAACUCCGUGCGGCGGCUAUAGAAUGCGAUAUUCUUGUAACGUUGAUUGGGCUAUUCAAGUUCGACAACCAGGGCCUGAGUGGUGGACCGCGUGGUUUAACGGAACUCGCUGAAUUCGAAAAUGUGCGUGAUGCACUAGCACAGGGUUCGCACAUAGACACACUAGUUGCGUUUUCGAAAAGCAGCAUAGUAGAAAGGAGCAAAGAGGCCACUGAGGAGCUCACAACGCUAUCAAAACACGGUUUGGUUCGCCAAAUAUUUGCCCCAGGAAAACUGAUAUCGUUUCAGAUAAACUGCGCAAACAAAUCAUUGAUAGCGGAGGCGUGCAAAGCAUAGUUGAUAAUUUGGCGAAACCAGACCACGCAUUAUUUGCUGCGCACGCGCUUUUGACUCUCAUGAAAUACGGUGAGUGCUCCGAGGCAUUUGAUUAACGAGUUUGAAUGGGUCACAUUUAGGCGACGCCAAGGCGUGGAUAAUGAACACAGAAGUGGACCUGCACCUGCUGCAGAUGGUCGAGAAACGC